AUGGCCGACACGUACGCGGUGGUGCAGAAGCGCAAAGCUCCUCCCAGCACCCGGACGGAGGCCGCGGCGCCCAGCCCGGAGGGGGAACCAGUCUACAGCCAGGUGAUGACGCGCGCUCGCCGGCCGCAAACACCGGCGGAGGACGCGCAGGGGGCGCUGCUGGGCCGAGUUCCUGCUGACCCUGGCCCCACUGGGCCUGGCGCCUAUGAGGAUGUGGCCAAUGGAGCUCAGACGGGUGGUCUGGGCUUCAACCUGCGCAUCGGGAGGCCCAAAGGGCCCCGGGACCCUCCUGCAGAGUGGACCCAGGCGUGAGGGCUGCUCCCAGCCCUCCUGCUGCUCCACGUGGGUGCCUGGACCACUGAAGGCUGUGCUCUACUGGGGACCGGAACGCUAGGCCUAAAUCAAAAUAAAAUUUCUCAGGGUGGGAAAUGUGGGGACUUUGUCCCUGUGACUAUACACUUCGAGGCUUGAGACCAGGGGAGGUGGCCAGACGACAGCUGCCCGGGCUGCCCUGGGCAGUUGAAGGAUGAACACCAGGAAUGGAUUUGACCCCAAGGUGCCUCCCAAUUGUGAAGGGGAGGAUGCACAGACGGGCCCCUGCAGACUGUCCCCGUCACCACGUAAUAAAGAGGAGUUCAGUGUCGGAACCUCCCUCCCUCCGUCAUGCAGCUGAUGCCACAGGGAGACCCCGCAGCAGCAGGUCCGGGCCUGGCAUGACAAAGCCAUGUAGGCCGAUGUCAGAUAGAAGGUGACAAGAUCUUCAGAUGGACAGACAGACGGAUGGACGCCUGACCUGGAUAGGCAGAUAGACAUACCCCUAGACAGCCAGCCCGGGUGGAAGGAUCUCCAGCCAGAGAGAGAGAGACCAGUAAACAGCCUGACAAGCCACCCCCAGCAAGAGAGACCAGCAGAAUGUGAGCCCUCCCCUCCCCCGGUAGGUAGACAGACGGAUACAGGCCAGAUGGAUCCCCAGCUGAACAGACUCCCAGACAGAUACAGACGUCUGCAGCUGAGCAGACACACGCCAGCCAGACUCAUUGCUCGGUGGGCCGUCUCCCAGCUUGCUGUGUGGACCCUCCACCGAAAGACACUGCAAUCAGCCAGCCAACUCCCAGCUGAGCAGAUGGGUGGACCGCGACAAGUGGGCAGGCCCCAGCAAGUCUCCAACCUCACGAAACCCACAUUUUGCAGAGAAGUUGACGUACCUCCUGUGGGAAAGACAGCCAGGUAGACCUCAGGCCGUCAGUGGGCCAGAUGGGCGGGCGGGAGGGUCUUCAGGUGAGCAUCAGGAGCCAGGCAGAAUCCCUCCUCUCCAGACCGUCUCCCAACUGGGCACACGGUGCGGGUCAGUGGGUCCUUCAGACAGACCCCUGCUGGUCAGAGGAACCUCCUGCCCCUUAGACAGGAUCCCACCGGGUGGGCGAACCUUGAGUCAGACAGAUGGGUGCCCAGUUCGGCAGAUUAUCCUCAGCAGAGACAAAUGAACUUCAAGCCAAUUGGCCAGCUGCAUCCAAGCUAGACAGGUAGACCUCAAACCGGUAGGGACCACAACCCUUUGGGGACACCCCUGGGAAGCUGAUGAAAACUCUAGAGAUCCUCUCCUGAGACCGCCCCUAAAAUCCCCACCUUUGGAAAACAAAUUAAAGCCCUUAAGAUCUCAAUAAGCUCUCCUUAAGGAGCCUGCGGGCUCCUGUUUUCUCUCCCUACCUCCGUGCCGCCCCCUUCCCGCAGGUGUGCACCUUGCCUUUCUCCUAAACUGCAAGGGUCCUUCUUUUGUUUCUGUGACUUGUUGCCUGAGUCCAUGCAGCCCAGCUGGCUCACUUCUACCUCCAUGAUGUUCUAAAUAAAAUUCUUAUGGCAGA